CUGCUAGCGGAGGCGCCAUAUUGGAAGGGACAAAACUCCGGCGACAGCGAGUGACACAAAUAAACCCCUGGACCCCUUCGUUCCCCCAGCUCUAAGGGCCGCGAUGUUGUACCUAGAGGACUAUUUGGAAAUGAUUGAGCAGCUUCCAAUGGACCUGCGGGACCGCUUCACAGAGAUGCGAGAGAUGGAUCUGCAGGUGCAGAAUGCAAUGGAUCAGCUAGAACAAAGAGUCAGUGAAUUCUUUAUGAAUGCAAAGAAAAAUAAACCUGAAUGGAGAGAAGAACAGAUGGCGUCUAUCAAAAAAGACUACUAUAAGGCUUUAGAAGAUGCAGAUGAGAAGGUACAGUUGGCAAACCAGAUAUAUGACUUGGUAGAUCGACACUUGAGAAAGCUGGAUCAGGAACUGGCUAAGUUUAAAAUGGAGCUGGAAGCUGAUAAUGCUGGAAUUACAGAGAUAUUAGAGAGGCGAUCUUUGGAAUUAGAUACUCCUUCACAACCAGUGAACAAUCACCAUGCUCAUUCACAUACUCCAGUGGAAAAAAGGAAAUAUAAUCCAACUUCUCACCAUACAACAACAGAUCACAUCCCUGAAAAGAAGUUUAAAUCUGAAGCUCUGCUCUCUACCCUUACAUCAGAUGCCUCUAAGGAAAAUACACUAGGUUGUCGAAAUAAUAAUUCCACAGCUGCUUCCAACAAUGCUUACAAUGUGAAUUCCUCCCAACCUCUGGCAUCCUAUAACAUUGGCUCAUUAUCUUCAGGAACUGGUGCAGGGGCAAUUACCAUGGCAGCAGCUCAAGCAGUUCAAGCUACAGCACAGAUGAAAGAGGGACGAAGAACGUCAAGUUUAAAAGCCAGUUAUGAAGCGUUUAAGAAUAAUGACUUUCAGCUGGGAAAAGAAUUUUCAAUGCCCAGGGAAACAGCUGGCUAUUCAUCAUCUUCAGCACUCAUGACAACGUUAACACAGAAUGCCAGUUCGUCAGCAGCUGACUCACGGAGUGGUCGAAAGAGCAAAAACAACAACAAAUCUUCCAGCCAGCAGUCAUCCUCUUCUUCCUCCUCUUCUUCCCUGUCCUCGUGCUCUUCAUCAUCAACUGUUGUACAGGAAAUCUCCCAGCAAACAACAGUAGUGCCAGAAUCAGACUCAAACAGCCAGGUCGAUUGGACUUAUGACCCAAAUGAACCUCGAUAUUGCAUUUGUAAUCAGGUAUCAUAUGGAGAGAUGGUAGGAUGUGAUAACCAAGAUUGCCCAAUAGAAUGGUUCCAUUAUGGAUGUGUUGGAUUGACUGAAGCUCCAAAAGGAAAAUGGUACUGUCCACAGUGCACUGCUGCAAUGAAGAGAAGAGGCAGUAGACACAAAUAAAGGUGUCACUUGAGGAAGGAAAGCUUCAGCUCAGCAUUUUAUAUAGGACUCUAAAACGGAAGAGAGAAAGAAGAAGCAACUCAUUUCCAGGCAACCACUUAAAGGAUUUACACUGACAAUCCUAUAAGAUCUUGAACUUGAAUUUUAUGGGUUGUAUUUUAAUAAUGUAAGUAAAUUAUUUAUGCACUCCCGGUGUGCUAUGAAUAUUAUUCCAGUUAGCCUUGGAUUAUUUCUGUGGCCAACAUAUGCAGACAUUUGUACUCCUCAACCAUUUUCUCAAAGUAAUGGGCAUUCUAUAAUUUAGACUUCAAAGAAUUCCAACGAUGAUGAUUUUAAAAGUAUUUUAUAUUCAACAGGUAUAUUCUGCUGCAUGUACUGUACUCCAGAGCUGUUAUGUAACACUGUAUAUAAAUGGUUGCAAAAAAGAAAAAAAAAGUCAGCCCUUCUGAAAAGAAUUUAAGAUAAUGGUUUUUAAAAUGCCUUUAUAAUAAGCUUUGUUUCUUUGUGAAACUAAUUCAGCAGGCUGAAGGAAAUGGUUCAUGUGAUAAAGUGGGCUGGUGUCCUCUAGAGUACCUGGGUACAUAAACAGAAACUCCUGUAGGUAAAAACUAAUUUGUGCCAUUAGUCUUUAUAUGUUUCUGCAUCCAGAUAGAGUGCA